UUGUAGGACACCAUUCAAUGGUGCGCUCAUUCCGUUCGACUGUUUGGUGCCACAUGCUCAGCUGUCCUGCCACGGUAAACAGCAAUGGAGGGCAGACCGUACAGAGGCAGAGGAGGCAGCUGGAAAAGAGGCGGCCGGGGUGGAAAUGACAGCGACAGUCAUGGCGGUGAACACCGCGGCAGAGGCAGAGGCGGCCACCACCGCGGCCGGGGGAAGAGAGACCACUACCGCGGGCGUGGACGCGGGGGAGGCGCCCAUGCAGGAGAGUUCUACCACCGGGAUCGAGAUGAAGGGGACAACUUUCAGGAGGAAGACGAAAGGGUGGAGGUGUUCUCCAGGAGGAAACUGGAGUCAAACUGGGACCGCUAUGCGGAGUCAGAGAGGCAGGAGCCUGAUGAUGACACACCUUCUCAGAGAGGAACAGACUACCACGUCCUGCUGGAGUCAGCAGGAGAUUCCUUCACUCAAUUCCGGUUUUCAGAGGAGAAGAACUGGGAGAUGGACUCAUUUGCAGCCAGUCAGAUGUCUGCAGUGUUCGUCGACCUUCCAGCGCUCGCACAAAGCCUCCAACAAGUGCCUCUCCAUCAGAGACUCAACCUGGAGGCCGAGCUGGUUCAGGUGUCGACACCAGUAGAGCUGCCCUCUAUGACCCUCGCACCUAAACAGGAGAUGCCCAAAGCGGCCACGUUCACUCCUCCGUCCGCAGCUCUAAAAGCCCUCAGCACCAACCAGAAAGCCCCUGUGGAUGCAAACUCAGUGAUGGUCGCAGACUCGCAUGUUUCCUCGAGCGCUGCAGGGUCUCCACCAGUGUCUGCUGCUGCUUCUGCUGAUGAUGAUGGUGAUGAUGAAGAGCUGGACCAGCUGCUCAGUUUACAGAAACCAGUCCUGGGUGUUUCAGGAAACCAGUCUGUCAGUGUCGCAGACGAGGACAGCGCAGUUCCAGAGACAGCAUGUGAGGAAGUGAAGGAGGUGACAGAAGAGAAGGUGGAGGAGAUGAAGGAUGUCACACUGUCCAAGUGCGCUUCCGUCAAGAAGGAAGUGACAGAGGAGGAUCUGGAGGACUGGCUGGACAGCAUGAUCUCCUGAUGAUCAACCACUUAAGAAAGACUGAGGAGUUGUGUGAAGGAAACUGGACUUUUGGGUUUCAAAUUCUGUGCUUCAGCUUCCAUCCUUUAAAAAGCAUGUCAAAACUUGGCAGAACUUUAAACAUUCAGCCUGAGAGCUGAGCGCAAAGUUUACAGUGGACAGACAUUUCUAAAGGCCUUUCUGCUUUUUGAAAAAAAAAAGUGGUUGGUCAAGUUAUUUGUUUUUCUGGUUCUUGGGGCUGAACGACACAUAAUAUGUUAAGAGGUGUACAGCACGUCUUGAACAUUCGUCACAUGUCAUGAUGUUCCCUCUGUACUUCACGUUUCACAGAAAUAAUUCUCUGUUCCUGGUGAGACUGUGAAAGUUACGCACCGCAGGAGUGUCGCCAUCAGAGAAAUCAGAGCUGCUGAGGGGACGGACGGACGGACGGAGGGAUGGACAACACGUUUGGUUUAUUGCGUCAAUUACUUUAUUCAUUUCCUCCCCCCUCAUCAAAAGAAAUGCAGUUUACCAAAGCUACUACAUACAUACAAAUGGCCAUACAAUAGCAGUUAACCAUUCUGUCGUCAAUAAAUCCUUGAACCAA